CGGGAGCCGAAAGAAUCAACUCUCUAAUUGACUCUCGAGUGCAGAAAAAAGAGCAGAAUUUCCCAUCAGUGAGGUAGUCUUUAAGUGGAAAUAGAGGAUGGACUGAUUCAUGGACAUACAUUAUGUUACCCCUCCUCCAUUCUCUCUCUCUCUCUCUCUCUCUCUCUCUCUCUCUCUCUCGCUCCCCCACACAUCAUUUCAUCACAGCCUUUGGGUGUGAACAGAGCUGUUGUCCUGAACCCUGAUGCUCCUCUUGUCUCGCAGAGUGUGUGUUUGUAUGAGUGUGUGUGUGUGUGUGUGAUUGUAAAUGAAUGAAUCAGUUUGAGAUCUAAUCAGCAAGUCAGGCAUAUGAGCAACUCUGUGGGACAGCGCUUCUAACCAGAGUGCAGCAAACGGGAACUACAUGGGAGCUCUUAACUACUACGUCUCUCGAAAGCUUCGUAUCAGAGGUGCACUGAUGCAUUAUGGGGGCUUAUUGUAAUACAAAUUGAGGUGAGUCCCUUGACAGAGAAACACUGCAUGUAAUAUCAUUUUUUAAAAUGUGUCCCCAAAUGUGUGUGUGUGUGUGUGUGUGUGUGCAACCUGAAUUUCAUGAAUUUUUAACCCCCACAGACUCCUUGAUUACUGAACUUGCUCUUGGCUACUGGGGGAGGGGCAGUCCUCGACUGCUGAGAACCCGGCGAACAUCUUUAGAUAGAUGGCCAUGUCCUCCACCCCGCUGGCCGAGACGGAAGAAGAUGUAUUUGAUUUGACAGACGCGGUGCCUGAGACCGAGCGACUGGACAGCAGCUUACAGAAAGCUAAAGCUCAGCUGUCUAUCAAAACCAGGAGGCACCGCCCCUCCAGGUCCCGUCUCCGGGACAGUCUGAGCUCCACAGAGGGAGAAGACAGCCUUGAUGGAAAGAGCUACAGUGGCCUGUUGUCUGGCUCCUGCUCGCCUCUCCACGUGUCCUUACGCUGCCCCUCCCCCUUCGCUGACCUCCAACCUUCCUCAUCUCCCGCAAGGAAGGAGAGAUCCUUCACCUUUGAGACAGCUGAGAGCGAAAAGAAAGAACAAAGAAGAAGGAGUGCAUGCUUGCUGAAUCCGUCCUCUCCAACACACCUGCUCAAGGGGGAUCAUCUCCAGCAGCGCCGGGAGGACAGUUCCCAACUGUGCCAGGGGGAUCAUCUGAAGCGUUACCACAAAGUGAACUCCCACCCACACCACAGGGGCCAUUCCCAACUGCACCAGGAGGACCACACUGACCUGCACCAGGCUGCCCAUCUCCCACUGGACCCAGAGGACCACACCCACCCGCGACAGGGUGACCAUAUCCAACAGCACCGAGAGGACCACCCCGACCUGCGCCGGAGGGACCAACUUCAGGAGGACCACACCCACCUGCACAAAAAGGACCAACCCCACAUGCGUGAGAAGGACCAAGUCCAGCUACAUGAGGAGAAUCAUUCUCCCCUGUGCCAGAGGGAAUACUCUCAGAGUGAAGUCUCAAUGUCCGUCUGGUCUAGUCAUGAGUUAGACCCUCCUCGCUGUCCUCGGAGUGUUCUACAGUACAGUAAUGUCUUAUUAUGGUCUUAUUAUGUGUGUUCAGAUGACGGUCGUGAUAUUGGUUCGGACGAGCCGAGCAGCCCGACAGUCCUGCUGGACAAGAAGACCAGGAGGCGUUUCCUCGAUCUUGGGGUCACUUUGCGGCGCACGUACGGGAAGGUCAGGAGGGAGCGAGCCAACAGACACGCCGCGGAAAACCGGGAGCCUGACGGAGCAGGAAGCCGUUCCACGCGUUCAUCUGGUCCGCCGUUCGUGCCUUUCUCCUGGUUGAGUGAGAGAAUAAGGGGCUCCGGUUCUCCGAAGAACUCCAGCCAAUCCCCAGCCAAGUCGGAGGACGAGGAGUUGAAAAAGGACGGCAGGUCCAGCAGGACCGAAUCGUCGCAGCCGUAUCAGAGUCUUUCUGAUCACUCGGACGAGGUGCGUCUUAGAUCUCCGGAGGUACAUUAUCUAUCCUGUAAAUAUUUCCGAGCGUCGAGGCAAGUGAGUGAGCGAUGGCGUGUUUUUCAGGGACGCGAUGAGCGCGCAGAAGCCCGCGUCGUGAAAAAGAAGACCAUCCUGCCGUUCUCAUCGGGCGGAAGAGACAGGACAGAAAAGCAGAACGGCGUCCAAAGGGACAAGAGGGACGACGGACACGGCGGAGACGGCCAGAAAUUACUGAGCUCUCGAUCACACUGCAAGCAUUUUGAUUUAUGAAUAAAUUCGUCCUAUAUAUGUUUUAUUUUUCUUCUCUUUUUUUUUUUCAGCUGUAAAUACUGUAGGCACUGAUAUUAUUGCAACGUAUUCAAACAGCUUAAUAAAAUGUUUUGAAACAUUACGGAAUUAAAUAAACGUGCAAUUUUGUGUGUUUAACUAUGCAGUCUAGUGCAAAAGUUUGCGCACCCUUAGAAAAUGAAGUUUUGUUUAUACCAACAAGUUUGGCUUUACAGUUCCUUCAUUAUCAUAAAUACUAAAACUUGUCAGAAAUAUAUUAAUACUAAAAGAGUUAAAAAAUAAUGACUAUAAAACUUGCAUUUAUCAUUCUAAAUGUAAUCAAAUAAUAAACGACAGAGUGGCAGGAUGCCGCAGAGAUACGGUUACAACCCAGAAGUGUUUAAUUCCUCAUACUACAGCAAUUUGCCAACAUUUACAUUUUUUUUAUUUAUUAAAGAACAG